AUGCCGCUGGCUCGCCAGCGACUUGCCUGCGCCCCUAGCAUUCGGAACCAAGCCCUGCGAACAUAUGCGACAGCUUCAGCCGUCAGGAACCCCCACCCCAUAUCCAAUAACCAUGUAAGACUGGUGGAAGUUGGUCCAAGGGAUGGAUUGCAGAACGAAAAGAAGGCGAUAACUCUGGCGACCAAGAUCGAGUUGAUUGAGAGAUUGGCGAAGACGGGCUUGUCAUCCAUUGAGGCCGGGUCGUUCGUCUCGCCAAAAUGGGUGCCGCAAAUGAACAAUUCCAGCGAGAUCUUAGAACACAUUUUGAAGCAGAAAAUACCAUCACCGGUACCUAUCACGUAUUCCUUCCUGGCGCCCAAUGCGAAAGGCCUCGAAAAUGCCACGGCUCUACUCCAGCAGAACCCAGGCGCAUACCUAACCGAAGCCGAAUCACUUGCACGGACUGAUACCUGCGGAAGACCGGGGAUUGAGCUGGCGGUAUUCGCUGCGGCCACUGAGACAUUCUCCAAAAGAAAUCUGAACUGUGACAUCGCCACCUCGCUCGAGAAGUUCAGGGAUGUUAUUCAGGGCUCGAAAGAGAUGGGCGUGCGAGUUCGAGCGUACAUCUCGGUUGUUCUGGGCUGUCCCUUCGAAGGCUACGAUGUCGAUCCGCACAAAGUUGCGGAGAUUGCUACGACUCUACUUGAGAUGGGGGCUGAUGAGAUAUCGCUUGGCGACACCACUGGCAUGGGUACUGCUCCUCGUACAAAGGAGCUUCUGCGAUGUAUGUCGGCGGCAGGAAUCCGCAACGAGGACAUUGCCAUGCAUUUCCAUGACACCUAUGGCCAAGCUAUCGUCAAUACGGCCAUCUCUCUAGAACACGGCAUCAGAACGUUUGACAGCGCCGUUGGUGGGUUGGGAGGCUGCCCGUACAGUCCAGGGGCCACCGGAAAUGUGGCCACGGAGAACAUGGUCUACUUUUUGGAGAGCCUGGGUAUGGAGACAGGCGUCGACUUGGACGGUGUGUCAGAUAUAGGUGCAUGGAUCACGGGAGAGAUUGGCAAGCCGAAUGACUCUGCAGUGGGCAAAGCUGUCCUAGGUGUGCGCAGGGCGGCAUCGACACCGAAAUAA